UUUGGUCUUCAUUGAGGGGCGGCCGGCUUGUCGAGCGAAUAAUCAAAACGGUUGGAAACAAGACUGCAAUGUUUACAUCGUACACACCCAUGUGUCUUGAACUUUGAUCCCCUCUUUUUGCCGAAAAUAGCGAAAACAGCCAAGAAACGGCUUUUCUAUCAAUACUCAAAAGGCUUAUCCUAUAAUCGGCCAUAUUGAUGUCGAACUCACACGUUAAAGAGCCCAGCAUGCAUCGGAUGAAUGCUAUUUUAAGUCAUCUUUCCAGGGGAAUUCAACAUGGGAGUUCUGCUGCUGGAACCACCGCGAGACUACACAGCUGCACCCCGGCCCUGGCCGCGGCAGGAGUCACCUCUCAGCGGCGAGCCGUAGCAGAGAGGAGGAAAAAUGCAGACGACGUGGUGGUUUGUUCAGCACUGAGAACACCUAUUGGAAAAGCCAAAAAGGGAUCUUUUAAGGACACUCAUGCUGAUGAUUUACUAGCUGCAGCUUUCAAGGGAGUACUUGAUGAGACGAAGAUCUCCCCAGACAGGCUGGGUGACAUUGUUGUUGGGAAUGUUCUUUUACCGGGUGGAGGGGCUAUCCAUGCCAGAUUUGCCCAGUUCUAUAGUGGUAUUCCAGAGUCAGUACCGGUCAACACAGUCAAUAGACAAUGUUCGUCUGGUCUUCAAGCUUUUAUGAAUGCAGCAGGUGGGAUCAAGAGUGGUGUCUAUGAUGUCGCUUUGGCUGGAGGAGUUGAGUCGAUGACCCGAUCACAGAUGUAUCAAGGUGAAGACCUCAAUCCCAGAGUCAUGCUUGAUCAGACCACCCAAGAUUGCCUAAUUCCCAUGGGCAUAACAUCUGAGAAUGUUGCUGAGAAAUUUGGUAUAUCAAGGCAGGAACAGGACCAAAUGGCAUUAGACUCGCAACUCAAAGCAGCAGCUGCACAGAAGAAUGGGUACUUUGACAGAGAGAUUAUUCCUGUAUCAACAAUAAUCCUUGACGAGGCCGGGCAAGAAAGACCAAUCACAGUAACCAAAGAUGAUGGUGUCCGUGGUAACACAACUAUAGAAGGCCUCGCCAAACUCAAACCAGCCUUUUCCCCUGAAGGCACUACUACUGCAGGAAACUCAAGUCAAGUAAGUGACGGUGCAGCAGCGGUGUUGGUAGCCAGUCGACAGGCUGCGGAGUCUCUUAACCUACCCGUUAUGGGUGUGUUAGUAUCCUAUGCUGUGGUAGGUGUACCACCGUCCAUCAUGGGUAUUGGUCCUGCCUACGCUAUCCCUGAGGCUUUAAAGAAGGCUGGACUGACUACUGAUGACAUUGAAAUCUUUGAGAUAAAUGAAGCUUUUGCAAGCCAGGCAACAUAUUGUGUACAGAAUCUUGGUAUACCCAUGGAGAAGGUCAAUCCUAAUGGGGGCGCUAUAGCACUUGGUCAUCCGCUGGGCUGCACUGGGGCACGACAGAUUGGUACACUACUACAUGAGUUGGACCGCAGAGGAAACAGGGCCUAUGGUGUAGUCUCCAUGUGUAUUGGUACUGGAAUGGGUGCUGCUGCGGUAUUCUACUACCCUGGAAAAUAAAGAUACACUACAAUCAAAACACACUCAAGGGCCAUGCCUCUAUCUGCCUUCAAAGACCACUCUUCCUGGACACGUUUCAUGAAGUGACUAGUCAGUGAGUUUCACUGACUGAGCCAAUCAGAUGCAAGGAUUUUAGUAGCUUAUAACACAUGUCAGGGAAUGUCUGUUUGCUAAUGCUUUGUGAAAUCCCCCCUUGAGUGGUCUAUAUUCAGAAGAAUGGACAAUUUGUAUUAUUUUGUUUGUGUUUGUGAUGAAAAAAAUGAUUUAAAUGUCAUCAUUUUUAUAUUAACCAUAAUUGUAUAUAUAUAAAGUAUGGGUAUUCUAAACGAAAAGGCGUAAUACAAAUUGAAAUGUUGGUGUCUUCGAACUAUGUGUCAUACAGAUCCUCAAUGAAAAUUAAGAAAAUUUAUUUAAAAAUGAGGUAGCAGAAAAUCGUGAGUUGAGCAGUCGCCUUUGCUCAAGCUCUACAUACAUAAGUAUAAUUAUAAAAAAAAUUUACCAUAUGAAUGCAGCCAAAAUUUAUUUCACUUUAACAGUUACCACUGUAUUUCCUGUGUAAUUUAGUCUAUGGAUGUAUGUUUGAUUAUGCCAAAAAUAAUGUCUCCUGUUUACUCAUUGGUGCAAUAGUCAUGUAGUACACGUACCAUGAACCUUGCAUAUGAUGUGCCAACAUAAUGUGAGCCCGGGGUUUUUAGUUGACCAAAUUUUUCAGCCAUAUCGGUGUUUGAUACGACAUGUAGUCAGACCACUUGGUGAUUUUAAGUCUGUGGUCUGGAUGUCAAGCCUAAAAUCACAUACUGGAAGAUCAUGUUGAUGACAAUUUGACAAAAUGGUAUUACACUGUUAAGUAGUAGUGAUAAUAUUGACUGAUAUGGAUUUGAAAAAAAAAAGAUUCUCUGUAACUCACUGAUAUCGUUUUACAUUCUACCAGUGAGGUAUUUUCCCCCCUGUAAAUCAUGGUUCAAUUAGUAUGUCUGGAUGUGCAGUACAUGUAUAUUUUGUUAUUUUAGUCAAUAAGAAACAUUUAUCUUUCUUAUGGUUAUUUGCAAGGUUGAUGAUAAUUUGUAAAAAAAAAAAUUAUUCCAUAUUCCUGCCUUAUAUGAUCUCUUCAUUUUACCAUGCCAUGAAAUCAAUUAAAGUACUUUUAAAUACA